CCUUUCCCCCUCCCCCCAGCACCUCUCCGCCGCGAAGCAACGGCAGCUCAGUCCAUCCCCCCCCCUUUUCCCGCAACCCUAAUGUAUGGCGUCCUAGAAUCUGGCACUUCUCACAGCCAUUGAUUUUGAGUUUCUGCAGAGAAUAGUGAUCGUGCUCUCCCCUCUCUUCCAGUUGCCAGGCCCGAUCGCCGCAAACGCCUUCGAUUUAGUUCAGAAACGAGUUAAACGCUCCUAGUUGGACUUUAUCGAACAGUAUGGCCGCCUUAGCGGUGUCAGAUGCUGUCAGGACGCCUCUAGCGUCGCCUGCCGCGUCGCUCCGUUCCGACUCUCGUGCCUCGGCUCGGCGCGUGGGAUUCUCCCAGGGGUCCUUGCUCCAGGGUCAGAAGCUCGCGAUUUCGCAGAGGACCGGCGAAGUUCGCGAACGUGUGGCGAGAGGUGUCGCACGGGCUGCUAUGAAAGACAUUCCGAAGCAGUUUCGGGAGAGGAAUCUCAAGGAAGGAAUGAUGGAGAAUUUCCGCAACGUGCCGGCGUCGCUGUACGGACUGAAUCCAACUCAGAUGAGCAUGCUCAUGACGGAGGACAGCCCUGUAUCGCGGAUAUCGCAAUCUGUUACCGAGGCCAGCAUCUCCUCCGCCGCGCACUAUGCGAACGGCGCGGGCAUGUGGUCGCUGCCGGGCCUAGAGAACUCCGCCUCGCGGCUGAGCAUGAGCGUGAGCAUGUACCGCGGGCUGGGGGGCGCUGGCCGCCCCAAGACCGCCCCUCCUGAUCUGCCGUCCCUGCUGCUGGACGCGCGCAUCUGCUACCUGGGCAUGCCCAUCGUUCCUGCAGUGACUGAGCUCAUCGUCGCCGAGCUGCUCUGGCUGGACUACGACAACCCGUCCAAGCCCAUCUACUUCUACAUCAACUCGUCCGGCACGCAGAACGACAAGCGCGAGAGCGUCGGCUUUGAGACCGAGGCGUAUGCCAUCGCGGACACCAUGAAUUAUGUGAAGUCCAAGGUGUACACUGUGAACUGCGGGCAGGCAUUCGGGCAGGCGGCCAUGCUGCUGGCGAUUGGGGACAAGGGCCACAGGGCGGUGCAGCCCAACGCAGUCACAAAGCUUUAUGCUCCCAGGGCCAGCCAGUCAAGUGGAGCUGCCAUUGACAUGUGGAUUAAGGCCAAGGAGCUGGACGCCAACACCGACUACUACGUGGAGCUGCUGGCGCGCGGCACGGGCAAGUCGCGGGACGAGCUGUGGCAUGACAUCAUGCGCCCCAAGUACCUGAGGGGGCAGGAGGCCAUCGACUACGGUGUGUGCGACACGAUCAUCGAGCCACGCGGCGUGCAGAUGGAAAAGAAGAACUACGACGAGCUCAUGGUACAAGCCAAAGCCAUGCGGGCAAGGGGGGGCCGACCGGCUGCUGCUCCUGCUGCUGGUGGGGGGGCUCCUCGUUAGAAGGUGGCUUUGUUUGUUCCUCGUGGCUUGUAACAAGGAAACGAUGGGUUAAUGCAUUCAGAUGUAGUUUGAUGUUACGUGUGGUUCAAGAGGGACGCUCAGAUGGGUGCAAGGGAGGGUGGCACUAAGGCGGAUAGUGUUCCACAGGGUUUGUUUCAUGUAAAGAUGUGUGUACAUUUCCUCCAAAAUAUUCUGUUUAUGCAACGCGUACGGGCAAAACAGCUCGUUGAAGUUACGAACAC